CCACGAUUCACGAACAAGUAAAACGUAAACAAUGGGAAAUAAUAGACUGCAAUAUCAAUUACUUCAUAAAAAUUCCGUACAAUGGAAAUCUAUAAACACAAAAAUGGGAUUAUGUAAUAUUUCGCGUGGUAAAGCAAAAGUUUUACAACAAAAACAAUUAUCACAGGAAACAUUUCGUAACCUUACUCCUAGUAGGAGAAGUGAAAGAAUUAAAAGUGGUCGUAUUGUUAAACCAAAGAUUUGUAAAAUUAAAAAACCUAAAAUAGCACCUGAUAAUAAAUCUACGACGAGUGUUGAACAAGUUUAUCGUCAGAAAUUCGAAUAUGUAAACCAACUCAAUAAUGAGAUAAAAGCUGAAACACAAUUAAAUACUAACAAGAAUGAUAAUAAUAAUAAACUUUCUCGGACAAAUGAAAAUAAAAGAAAAGAAGUAACUCUACCUAGGUCUGUACCAACUUUAUUGGUUGAUUUGAGAAAACCUUUAAAUAAAUGGGAUAUUGGAAGUAAUCCUCUUAGACAAGAAUUUAAUUCGGAGAUAAAUUCUGCUUUUAAAUCGAUGCGGAAUAUUAUAGAUGAAAUCGAAUAAUAAUAUAAAGUACCCUAUAAAAUUAUGCUGA